GUUCCUUAUCAUGUAACUAUUCAAUGCCCGUUGCAAUCCCGGAAUUUUUAACAUAUAGUAAUAUUGAGCUAGUUAUUUAUGCAAGCUAUUGAAGCAUUGCGGCUUGGCCAUGAUAUCACUUUCGCCAGUUCAAAACCUCCUCCGCUCGUUCCAGAUUAUUUAAUUGCUGUAUUUAUAUCUCCUCCUACACUAACAACAUUCCACUCCAGGUAAAUUGCACUCAUUACCUGUCACCCAAGCUAUGGACACUCUUAUAAACUGGAGUACUUCCCUCCCACCGCUCCAGGAGUUCCUCCCUCCUGUGUCUCCAGAAGCGUACAUCGUCCUCCUCUCAAUAUUCCAAUACUUCCCUAUGGCCGCCCUUAUCCAACUCGCAACUCCUUUUUAUCCGCAGGGGAAAACGUCCCUCCCUUCCUCACGCCUAAACUUCCCCGGCCGAUACGCAUGGCUCUGCAUGGAGAGCGUCGGUGCCCUUAAUCUCCUUUACACCCUCUACACGGGUAUUUCCAUGUUCCCCGACGGCCAGUUCCCCAGCUGGCAUAAACUCGUCGCAUGCAUCUAUGUCCUCCAUUACCUAAACCGGGCCGUAAUAACACCCCUUUUCCUCGCGCCCAGCAUGUCGCCAAUUCACCUGAUCAUUAUCCUUUCGGCUAUGGCAUUUAAUUACCUCAACUCGAGCUGUAUAGCAGGCUGGUUGUUGGGUUACGGGACUCCAGUCCUGGGGUCAACUGCGCCGCGACCACAGCAAGCACACCUCUCACGGACCUCAAGUUUCUCCACCACGUACUUCCCAGCGGAAUACAUACCCUAUAUUGGACUAUGCCUAUUCCUAAUAGGAAUGUACGGCAACAUCAAAGCGGAGGGAACCUUAUUCCGCCUACGGAGAGAGGAAGCCGAUAAGAACAGUAACAAUAACAGCAACAACCCCAAAACCGCCCAAACCCCAAAAAACAAAUACGACAAAGUCUACGUCCUCCCCCCUGCCACCGGCUUGUUCCGCACAAUUCUCUUCCCCCACUACGUCUUCGAAUGGAUUGAAUGGCUCGGUUUUCUCCUGAUAGGCGUCUCCAUUACUCCAGCUCCCGCCUCCGAAGCAACUGCCGCCACCCCCGCCCUCGUCCUGGCGCCUUACUAUGCACCUCUCGCAAACCUCCUGCUAGAUAAAUUGGGCCUGCCAUUCCCCCUCCCCGCAAUCGCAUUCCUCGUAAACACAGUAGCGACGACGUCGGUGCGCGCGAGCUGGGGCCGGAAGUGGUAUGUAGACCGCUUUGGGGCGGAGGCGGUGGGGAGACGCGGUGCGUUUGUGCCUUAUUUUAAGUGGCUGUGAUGACACCUUAAUUAUCUAUUUAUUCAUUUAAUUAUAUUUACAUGUAUUUUGAGCUAAUGGGACGGAAAGUACUUUGUCUAUGUUUUAUUUACGUUACUGCAUAAUAUUCUGGCAGGAAGAUGUUAUGGAGUAGGUUCGGCGGAAGGAAUACUCAUUGGGCUGAUGAGAGAAACAAAUAUAUUAAUUCUAUAGACUAAGUUACACUGAAAUAGACAAAAACACAGAUAAGGAAGAAAAGGAAAAGAAUAUUAAGAGCAGAGACUCAUCUGGUUUCUUAUAAACAGGCAAGCAGAUAAUGAAAUGAACAGUGACAAUUGAAUAAAUAAUAAUUAAAAUGAAAGUAAAGCUCAGUCUCAAAAUAAGAAUAA